AUGCCGAAGAAGAAGCCAGUGGCGGCGGGCCUGACGGAGCCGGCGGUGCCGCCCAGGGCGGUCAGCGGGCGGAGGUACAAGGCGCUCGUGCCGUGGCGCUUCCAGCCCGGCUUCGCCAGGCGGCAUGCCAACAUCCCCGCCGCCGCCGCCGCCACGCCCAGAGGCAGCGUGGGCGGUUCUGGUGCCAAAGGCUGCGGAUCCGCGCGCGUGGGAGGCCAGGGGGAUCUCCAGCUGAGGAGAGGCACACGCAGCGCAGCCGCGAAGGGCUCCGAUGGCGAGAAGAUGGAGAACGGCGAGCUGAUGACAGGCGGCGCGCGCAUUUUGGUCGUGGAUAGCUCCGGUGGCGGCAUUGUGGUCGUGGAUAGCCCUGAUGGGGGCAAAAUGGAGAAUGGUGCCGCAGAGGAUUGCCAGUCGAAGAGAGGCGCACUCGGUGCAGCUGCGAAGAGCUCUGCUGUCAGCACCCCUCUCAGCGGUGCCGGAAACGACAAGAGAGCCACUCGCAGUGCGACCGCGAGGAGCUCCGAUGCGGAGAGAAUGGAGACCGGCCCUCGCAGCGGUGCUGAAAUGGAUUGCCAGUUUAAGAGAGAGACACGCAGUGCAGCCGCGAAGAGCACCAGUGGGGGGAAAAUGGAGAGUACUGCUCACAGUGGUGCCAAAAAGGGUUGCCAGUCCAAGAGAGGCACAGACAGUGCGAUCGUGAAGAGCUCUCAUGGGGAGAAAUUGGUGAACGGCGCUCACGCCGGUGCCCAGAAGGAUGGCGGUGAGAUCUGCAUGUCCGAGGGCUCAAAGAAGUCUGCUGUGGAUGGGAAUGCAACCGUGAAGAGCUCUAGUGGGGAGAAAUUGGAGAAUGGCGCUCACGCCAGUGUCCAGAAGGAUUGUGGUGAGAUCUGCAUGAACGAGGGCUCAAAGAAGCCUCAGGUGGACGGGAGUGCGACCGUGAAGAGCUCUAGUGGGGAGAAAUUGGAGAGCAGAGCUCACGCCGGUGUCCAGAAGGAUGGCGGUGAGAUCUGCAUGUCCGAGGGUUCAAAGAAGUCUCAUGUGGACAUAAGUGUGACCGUGAAGAGCUCUAGUGGGGAGAAAUUGGAGAAUGGCGCUCCUGCCGGUGACCAGAAGGAUGGCGGUGAGAUCUGCAUGUCUGAGGGCUCAAAGAAGUCUCACGUGAACGGGAGUGUGGCCGUGAAGAGCUCUAGUGGGGAGAAAUUGGAGCACGCCGGUGCCCAGAAGGAUGGCGGUGAGAUCUGCAUGUCCGAGGGCUCAAAGAAGUCUCAUGUGGACCAGAAUGCGACCGUGAAGAGCUCUAGUGGGGAGAAAUUGGAGAACGGCGCUCACGCCGUUGCCCAGAAGGAUUGCGGUGAGAUCUGCAUGCCCGAGGGCUCAAAGAAGUCUCAUGUGAACGGGAGUGGGUUAAAGAGAAGCUGUUCUGCUGCAGAUCUUGUGGGGGAGGAGCUGGAGGGCACGGGGAACAGGGCUGCCAAGAAGAUCAAUGUAGCAGCCAAAGGGUGCAGCUCUGCUGGUCCUGUAGGCAAUGACAAUGUCAGUUAUUGCCGUAAGGGGCGGAAAGAAAUAGUGCCAUGGAGGUUCCAGAUUGGGUACAAGCGGUCAUUCUCGACAGCUUUCUGCUCCAAUGGUGGAUCUCCUGAAACUCCGGAAUACAGGGCUCAAGGCAGCUCAACACAGUGCACUUCAGGAACUAGGAGUACUGUGAGGUGCUACGCAAGUCCCCAUUCUGGUGUUAGAGUUUCAGCUGUGCGCAAUUUCUCCUCAGGGAAAGGUGAGAAGGAAACCAGGACUGCAUAUAAAAAGAUGAGAUCUGACAACAAUGAUCAUAAUCAGGGAAUGCCAGAAACUGGAGUUUCUCUUGCUAGGAAAACCGUCAUGAAAACUUUGCAGGAUUUUCAGUUAAUUUACAAGAAGCUUUUGCAUGAACUUGACAAGUCAAAGGAAGCACUUGACCUACAAGCUUACAAAAUCUUCAGAGACAGGUUCCCUGCACAGUGUGAUGAUAAGAGAUAUGUUGGCAAUGUGCCUGGAGUCCAUGUUGGUGAUAUCUUUCAUGUAAGGGUUGAGCUUUGUGUUGUCGGUCUUCAUCGCCCACACCGGAUAGGGAUUGAUCAUAUGAAGGACGCCAAUGGUACUUGUAUAGCUGUUAGCAUCGUGGCAUAUGCACGGUUUUCUGAUAUCAAGAAAAAUUUGGAUGCCUUGGUGUAUUCUGGAUCAACGACAGCUACAAUCAAUCAGAAGAUAGAUGGUACCAAUCUUGCACUGAAGAAGAGCAUGGAUACUAACACACCAGUCCGUGUUAUCCAUGGCUUCAGCACUAAGGGAAACGGCCAACGGAAGAUGCUUAUAUAUGGGGGUUUAUAUCUGGUUGAGAAAUACUGGAGGGAGAGAGAAAGCGAAGAUUGUUAUGUUUAUAUGUUCCGCCUGAGAAGAAUGGCAGGGCAGAAACAUAUUGACAUUGAAGAGAUUCUGAAAUCUGCACACACUGAACCAUAUGAUGGUGUUAUCAUGAAAGAUAUAUCCCAAGGGCUGGAGAGAAUCCCGAUACCUGUUGUAAACUCAAUAUCUGAUGAGUGCCCAAUGCCCUAUGUCUACAUGUCACGCCUGAAAUACCCUCGUAACUAUCAGCCAGCUCCUCCAGCAGGCUGUGCUUGUGUAGGUGGAUGUUCAGCCUCAAAACGGUGUGCUUGUGCAGCGAAAAAUGGUGGGGACAUCCCUUUCAAUGAUAAAGGCCGUAUUAUAGUAGCGAAGCCUCUUGUUUAUGAGUGUGGACCUUCUUGCAAGUGUCCUCCUACAUGCCAUAACAGAGUCGGUCAAAAAGGCAUGAAAUUUCGGCUGCAAAUCUUCAAGACCAAAUCAAUGGGUUGGGGCGUGAAAACCCUGGACUUUAUACCAAUUGGAAGCUUUGUUUGUGAAUAUAUUGGCGAAGUUUUGGAUGAUGAAGAGGCACAGAAAAGGAUGACUGAUGAGUACUUAUUUGCUAUAGGGCAUAACUAUUAUGAUGAAGCCCUUUGGGAGGGUCUGUCAAGAUCUAUACCCUCACUUCAGAAGAGUCCUGGCGAAGAUGAGGAUGCUGGUUUUGCUGUCGAUGCUUCAAAUAUGGGCAACUUUGCAAAAUUUAUCAACCAUAGUUGUUCACCCAACCUUUAUGCACAAAAUGUCCUCUAUGAUCAUGACGACAAGAGUGCGCCUCAUAUCAUGUUCUUUGCCUGUGAGGAUAUUCCACCCGGUCAAGAGCUAGCAUACCACUACAACUAUGCAAUUGACCAGGUUCAUGAUGCCAACGGUAACAUCAAGAAGAAGAAAUGCCUUUGUGGUUCUGUAGAGUGUGAUGGCUGGCUGUAUUAGGUUUAGAGUGUGAUGCCUUUGUGCCUCUAUGGAAGUUACUGUAUUAUCAUUCAUCCUUCUUCUAGCUUUCUGUAUGUCCAAUAAGUAUCAUCAUUUAGGCUUCAAAAGAGCGCAAGGUUUCCCUUAUUUCCUGAUCCGAUCAUUGGUAACUUGAUGAAUCUAUCUGUUUAGUACUUAUAGUUCUAGCUUUCAUGAUGAAGAUAGUUCUUAGAUAUAAUGCA